AUGGAGAACGGCACCAGCGGCAAUGGCGCUACCAACGGACGCGGCAUCUGUGUUUUCUCAGGGGGCACGGCGGCGAAUUUCCUGGUCGAUGUCUUCAACAAGAUCGUGGAAAGGCGAGAGUGCAACCUCAAUUACAUCAUACCCAUCAGCGACAAUGGCGGGAGCUCAUCGGAGCUGAUCCGAGUGUUCGGAGGGCCGAGUGUUGGCGAUAUCAGGAGUCGUCUCGUUCGGUUGAUUCCUGCUCACGAGGACAACGAGGAGAUGACGGCACUCAAGACGCUCUUCGAGCACAGAUUGUGCAAGGACCCUAAUAAGGCUAGAGUCGAGUGGCUUGAUAUUGUCGAGGCCAGGCAUCUCUUAUGGACCUUCAUAUCUAGCUCCAAGCGUGAGCUGAUUCGGUCUGUACUGAACUCACUGAACCUCGAGAUUGUGAAGAGGGCUCGGCCAACGUCCGUCUUCAACUUUGCCGAGGCAAGUGUGGGAAACCUCUUUCUGACCGGAGCACGUCUCUUCACUGGAUCUUUUGAAGCCGGUAUCUACUUGCUCUCGAUGAUCUGCUCCAUCCCACCUACCGUAGCAGUCUUGCCAGCCAUCAACUCCAACUUCACCCACCAUAUUUCAGCAGGCCUCGUCGAUGGCACGCUUAUCGCGGGCCAAGUUGCCAUCUCGCAUCCCUCAGCACCAACGUCCCUUCCGGACAACUCACUACCUGCAGAUGCACAGCAACACGCAGCGCCGGGGAAAGCUCACCCGAGACGAGCAGAGCUUCUGACUGAGGCCCAUGAUCGCAUUGAAGAUGCGAAUCUGCCUGGCUCCCUGCCAGUCCUGCGCCGUCAGCAUAUCACCUUCAGCAAGGACGACGAGGAAGACCUGCCGGCGCGGAUCGAUAGGAUCUGGUACAUCAACCCUUACGGGCACGAGAUCUGGCCGGUGGCCAACCCCAAGAUCCUCGAAGCGCUGGCCAAGGCGGACACCGUUGUCUACAGCAUCGGCAGUCUGUACACCAGCAUCAUCCCUAGUCUCAUCCUGCGCGGCGUCGGCGCCGCCAUCGCCUCUGACGAGCCCGGCUCGAGGCGCAAGAAGGUCCUGAUCCUGAACAGCAAGAUCGACAGGGAGACGGGGCCCAAGAGCCAGGCGAUGACGGCGGUGGACUUUGUACGGGCCCUGACGCGGGCGGCCAGGGAGAGCCAAUCGGAUUUCACCGAGGGCGCGGGUGAUUCGGAGGCCGGGAGGUACGUGACGCACCUGAUCUACCUCGACGGAGAGGGGACGCCGGUCGUGGACAGCGAGGCGCUCGGCAGGAUGGGGAUCAGGUGCGUGAGGGUCGAAGGGCGGUGGGACGAGAAGGGCAAGAUCGUGAGGUAUGAGGAGGAGGUAUUGACCAAGGCCCUGGAUGGGAUUAUACAAGAGUAG